UUUUAUUAUAUUAUACAUAUUUUUAUUUUACUAUACACUUUAUUACUUAGUGUAAAACUGGAGUCACAGCGAAAGAAAAGAUUGUAUUGAAUUACAAAUUAGUGUAUUCAGAUAGAUUUCCGUCGUUUGUUUUCAGGCGGGUUACGGUAGUGUGAAUCACCUCAACACCAAAACAACGUGCAAAUAAAUCUUAUGACACAACGACAGACUUUCUAAUUGACCAUUAUGUUUUUAAACUUAUAAUUAUUUUGAUAGCUGGUUGUUUUGCAGCAUAAGGUCCAGUAGCGUUGUUAAAACAGCGGUGGUGUCAGUGUUUGAAUAUAUUCACGGGGCAUAAGUUAACGUGAUAUUUUAGUUUCACUUUUUGAUUUAAAGAAUGAACCGACCAUCCAGAAAUAAGAAAGCUGUAAACUACACAGACUUCCAAAACGAUGAUGAUGAGGAUUUUGCCUGUGUAAAACCUCCUCCCAAAAAAGCUCGAAUGGCCAUUAAAGACCCUGAUUCUGAGAGAAACCUCAAAACAUUGAGUGCCUCUCCAAAUGAAGUGGCUGAUUUCACCAGCUCAGGAAGCAGGCAGAGGAUGCCUCUGGAGGAAACAUUUUAUGAAAGAGAUUUGGAGACAGCUCUAUCAUUAUCAUUGCUGGACUCUUCAAGAACACAAGAUGGAGAGCCUACAACCAAAACAGCAGAUGAACAGGACAGAUCUCAGUGUUCACCACCUGUUCUAAUACACUGCAGCGCUGAGGGCAGCCUUUUAGUCAGUGAAUGUCAGCCUCGUCCAGAUUCUCCUCCAGUGCUGUCCAAUUGUAGCAUUGAUGGCAAAAGUUUAGGACUGAAUCUGAUCAGUGUAGAUGCCUCCCCUACCAGGGUUUCUAAACAGAAGGAAACCUCGGAGGAGCAGAGAAAACCACUGAAGGAUAAGAAGGACAACAGAGACGAUGAGGACUACCAGCUUCAGGACACACCAGAUUCAGAAAGUGACGCAGAUUUCACUGAAGAAGAUGAGAGCGAAGACGAGACAUUCACUGUGAAAACAAAAAAUAAGGUUGUGAAACAAAAGACAGAAAAGAAGGCAUCAGCAGAUGCAAAGAAUAAGACCAAAAAGAAAGACGAAAAGGCAACAAAAGCCUCAAAAGCCAAAGGCUCAGCUCCCAGCCCAGCGACCUGUCGGAGUCCUGCUGCUCCUGUGUCUGGACUGAAGAAGGCGCCUACUGCUCCGCUUCUCUCUAAACCUGCAGUCUGCUCCAGUCCUGCAGGGGCCAGACUGACUAAGUGGAAUCCCCCUGGUCUGCUUGGCCGGAGUCCCGGUGCGUCUCAGAAUGCACAUGUGAAGUCUCCAGGACAGGGGCUGCGUUUAGGACUUUCCCGUAUGGCUCGAGUCAAAUCCCUUCACCCUAAUGCUGCUUCCAACUAAACAAACUUGUUUUAAAUUCGAAAGCUUUACAAUGGCUUUUGGGAACUCAUAGUGCAUGGGCCAGGGAAAAAUGUAAGAAGGAAUGGAUAUUUUUUACUGAAAUUUGUCCAGAAAAUGUAAGAGCUUUCAUCCAUCGCUUACAAUAAUAUGUAGCAAUAUUAAACAACUUUUUUGUUGUGCUUUAAAUAUUUUUAAUGUCUGUUUGUGCCAUGUUUUAGCUUUGUAAAUAUGCACUUUUUGAAAUAAAGAUAUGCUAAAUAUAAAAAAAAAUUAUAGGAAAACAAUUGUGAAGUAGUUACAUCCCGGGUGAGGAAAAUCAUUAAGUUUGUCCAAUACAAUAAACAUUAACUAGCAUUUUGGGUGAAAAGGAAAUCGUAAACACUAGUGAUCAGAACACAACAUAAGGGUUAAGCAAAGAUGUUUUGUAAACUAAUGAAAUAUGUACCACUUUGCAUUUAGGUCCUGAAAACAUCUCUUAUUUGGUACAAGUUAAUGUGUUGUAUCAAAGUCCCUUUCAAGGAUAGGAUGUGUUCCCUCAGCUGAUGCUCAAGAGAUGCCUCCCUCUAGUGAUUAAAAAGAAGUAUGUGUGGAGGAGAGGAGAAGAGAACAAGAGCAGCUUUUCUGGCCGCAGUUUUCUCGGGUGGAGCUUAGUUUUUGUAAAACUUCUUUUGAACGAUAUGUGUUGUGAAAAGACUAUGCAAAUAAAACUGAAAACCAGUUCACCAGCACUUCAUUUUCAGAGUGACUGUAAACAAGAAUCUUAUGUUAAAUGGCCUGUGUAACUUAUCAAAUAAAAAU